AGGGGAAAACGUAUAUAAAAACUUCGUUCGUGCAAUUCUGUCACAAAUUUUGAAAAGAACAACUUGAAGACAUUCACAACACAAUAAAGAUGAAUUUUUAUAACGUACCGCUCAUGCUACUUCUGGUCUUGAUUGCCCCGACAGCAUUUGCAAUGCUUGGGGAUGGACAACCUAAUUGCACCACUCAGGAAGAAAUUCAGAUGCGCAUAUUUCGCAACAAUUGGGACCCAACUUCCUAUUGGAUAUGCGAAGAACUGAACGAGUCAGCUAUUUUAGGAAGAUGUCCUGAACAGAUGGCUUAUCUAGACAGUGUCAAGGAUUGUGUCAGUUGGGACGACUGGCAAUGGGAGCAGCCAUCAGAUACUUUGACUAAUGUAGAACAAUCGUAAUUUCUUUCAAUUCAGUGCUUGAAUAAAAGUAAUAAUUUCAGAAUCUAAUACUUAAA